UGAAAUAUAUGACAUCAAGUGACAUAAGAUGUCAAAUAUUUUAUUACUGUCACAACUUGUAGACACUUUUUUGUGUUUGCGCAAUUUUAUAUUUUCUUUUUAUAUUGUGAUUGGAAUUCGUUAUGGAUUUUCAUCCUUCUGACGUUCCUAUAGGUAUGAAACCCUACAAUCUUAAAGAAAUUACUCAUAAACAGCAGGAACAACUUAAUCGAUUCAAAUUGGAACAAAUUAGAAAAAAUCACAGGUAUUUGAAGGCACAUCCGGAAAUAAAAUGUAUCACCAGCACUUUGCUACGAGCAAUACUAAAAACACGCCCCACGUACGAAAUCAAAGAGUUUUUCACUCGAUACGUCGUAGAGAACCGCUCAAAAUUGGAGGAACUAAUAGAAAAUACCAGAUCGGGAGUCACUAAAUCGGAAACUGACUUAGAAACAUACGAUGAAGCUCAUAUUUGUAAAUUUGACAUAGACGAAGUUAUAUGGAUGAAAAGACAACCCGCCCUAUUUGAAAUGUAUAAAGGACUUCAAGAAUUAUCAUGUGGUAGAAACUCCAUCAGAAUUACCGAUGAUCACGAUAAUUUAUAAGUCGAGUCAAUUAUUUUAAUUAUAUUAAUUCUAAGAUAUCAUUUUGUAUAUAAUGGUGGAAUAAAAACUUUUGUU